AUGUUGUGGGGAGAUGAGGUUGAGUACCUAGUCGUUACUUACUCCAAAGAUGAGCCAAAGGUCCGUCUGUCUCUCAGACAGGCCGAGAUUUUAACGGCACUUGCCGAGAGCCCCGAUCUGGCCAAGGAGGGAGGUUGCGUGCCGGACCUGCAGCAGGUAGCCAGAGAGUCCACGACCACUCUGCCCGUUUUCCACCCGGAAUUCGGCCGUUUCAUGCUCGAGGCCACGCCAGGCAAGCCCUGGGGCAUAGGCUUCAAGGAGCUCCUCGACGUUGAGCCAGACAUGAAGCUCCGCCGCAAGAUUGCAAAGGACCACAUGCACUCCAACGAGUACCCCAUUACCCUGACCACAUUCCCCCGCAUCGGCUGCCCCGGUGACUUCACCGAGCCCUACUACCCUCCCUCCGGCUCCAAGCUGCGCUCGCAGUUCGUGCCGGACGAGAUUGCGAACCCGCACAUCCGGUUCCCGACCUUGGCGGCGAACAUCCGCUGGCGCCGUGGCCGCAAGGUCCAGGUGAACGUCCCCGUCUUCCACGACAAGAACACCCCCAACCCCUGGAAAGAUCCGACUGUGAACUAUGACUUGCACAACUGGCCCGAAGAUGACGACGUCCGCAACGGCGCCGCGCCGGAUAACUUCAUUCACAUGGACGCCAUGGCUUUCGGCAUGGGUAGCUGCUGUCUGCAAAUCACGUUCCAGGCGAAGAACAUCACCGAGGGUAGGAAGAUGUACGACCAGCUCAGCCCGCUUGGUCCCAUCCUGCUUGCACUAACGGCGGCUACGCCUGUAUACAAGGGCUUCCUCGCCAACACCGACGUGCGGUGGAACCAGAUCAGCCGCGCCGUGGAUUGUAGAACACCAGAGGAGCUGGGAGAGAAGCCACUCAAGAACGACCGCUGGCGCAUCCCCAAGUCCAGGUACGCAUCCAACUCGACUUACAUCUCGACGGACCCGCGCCUGCGUCAAGAGUACCUCUACCCCAACCUCGUCAUCGACGAAGACAUCAAAGCCAAGCUUAUGGACGGCGGCAUGGACGACCGGCUCGCGACGCACUUUGCUCAUCUCUUCAUUCGUGAUCCCAUUGUCGUCUUCGAGGAAGACUUGCAGGAGCUUGAUCUGUCCAAGACGGACCACUUUGAGAACCUGCAGUCCACCAACUGGCAGCACAUGCGCUUCAAGCCGCCCCCAGCCGACAACAGCAUCGGCUGGCGCGUGGAGUUCCGGCCCAUGGAGAUCCAGCUGACGGACUUUGAGAACGCCGCCUUUUCGGUGUUUAUGGUUCUCGUCACCCGCGCCAUCUUGUCCUUUGACCUCAACUUCUACAUCCCCAUCACCAAGGUUGACGAGAACAUGGAGCGCGCACACGCCGUUGACGCGGUGCUCAAGGAAAAGUUCUUCUUCCGCAAAAACCCCUUUUCCAGCCGGCCCCGCCAGGGCGAAAACUCGCGUCCCGGAUCGAGACCGGGAUCGGCGGUGCCGAGUAGGCCGCCUACGCCGGUCCUCCCGGUCGAGGAGGAGUACGAGGAGAUGACGGUGAACGACAUCAUCAACGGCAGCGCCGAUGGAGAGUUCCCCGGUCUGAUCCCGUUGGUGGAGAGCUACCUUGACGGCGUCAACGUAGAUGUCCAGACGCGCUGCGAGCUCGACACGUAUCUGCGCCUUGUCAGCCAGCGCGCAAGCGGCAAGCUCACGACGGCUGCCCGUUGGCUGCGCGACUUUAUUGACGUUCACCCUGCAUACAAGCACGAUAGUGUCAUUGGGGAGGAGAUUCAGAAGGAUAUCGUCGCGGCGGUUAUUGCUAUCGGGGAACGGGAGACGGCUGGCAAGGGCUUCAGCGGGCUCGAUAUCUACGGUUUGCCACAGCUGCUUGGCAACUUCAGGCGAGGCUGUGGAAGCGCGUAG